GUAAUGGAAACUAUGUUUACUGUCGGUGUUCCUGAUAAUUCCUCUCAGCAAGGACUUGUUUCCUGUAAACAUUCUAGUGAUGAAGAUGAUGAUCCAGGUGUUUUUAAUUUGCCUUCAGGUGUUCUUUUGCAACCACAUCACUCUCUAGGUCCUAUUCUGUCUCAUGUAAAGCACAGGAAUGUAGAUGUGUAUUUACCUAGUGUAGGGAUUCUUAUGACCUCAAAAUUUUGUAGUAAAGCUGUUGAGUGCCUAUUAGAGGCACACAAAGUGAGAACUAUUAAUCUGCUACCAAAUAUCACUCCUGCCCCGUUCAUAGAUAACGUAUCAUUGUCAAGAGUAGUUCAGAAUGUGUCUAUACAUGGCCAUGUAUUGACCCAUUCUCGCACAGAUUUAAGUCUUGAUGUUUCUGGUUUAUUUCCUCAAGAACCUUCUAGUGGUUCUGUAGUUUCCAAGAAUUCCUCUUUAUGCCCAAGUCCUCAUCGACCAGGCUCAGCUACUCCAGAAAUAACAGUUGAAAAUACAGCAUCUAUUCAAGAUACUUCUGGAAUGAACCCUAAAACUGUUUUGCAAGGGGAGAGCCAAAAUAUAACGCAAAUGGAAUUCAAAUCCAAUUCCUCAAAACUCACCCCGCCUAAUACACUUCAACUAGCACGAAAACUUUCACAUUCUUCAGAUGAAGUUGACAAAAGGCAAGUUGUUCGUAAUAACGAUGUCAGUGCAAAUGUUGAGUUUGCAACAAAAAGUACAGGAGGUAGUUUAUUACUGAAUGAUACUCACAGAUCAUCAUCAGAAAGAGAUCUGAGUCUCAAUAUAACGUCAUCCCAGAGCGAGAAUGCUCUUAGAUCUUUCCGAAGUGGGUUUACUAAUGCUAUUACAUCACCAGUUGCAGUCACUAAAGAUCUUGUUCUGUCUCCAUUUUCAAAAUUGGCUAAAGGAAUGCAGAAUAUUGGUGCCAAUUUGGAUCCUCGAAAGUUAAAAGGUCCUGUUGGUAUGGUCAACCUACCUGGUCUAGGGAGACAACCAAUGAGUGAACAACAUGCAGAGGAGGUCCGUAAAUUAACUGAAAGAUUCCAUAAUUGUCGAUCUAGAUUAAUAGCUCUGUGAAUUACUGACUACAAAAUUUUGUGUAGUACAUAUUGCCAGACUGAGUCAAAAGAAAAAAAUAAGCUUACUGUGGAGCAAUGGUUACCAUUAAUUUUUAUUUUUUGUGUUGUCUUUUUUAUGUCUUGAUAAAAAGCAUAUAUGUAGAGAAUAUUUAAUAAUAAUUUUAUCGCUGUCAUGCAUUCCAUUGACAGAAAUCUCUCUUCAGUAGUUAUGCUGUGAUACACAAGCAUGGUUAUGCUUUUUUAGAAAUACAAAGUUUGUUAGAAUAUUUAUUUUAUACAAAUGAGGCUGGUUCCUUACAUUUGUAUAAAUUACUUAUAAAAUCAAAAUAGGUAAAUGUUAGAAAAGGAUGCACAGAUCAUGCACUGUUUAAACAAUUCCAUUGUACAUUUACAUUCUAUUAAAGACAGAACUAAUGUAUUUUGUUGUCAUAAAUAUGUUUAAUAUAGUGCUGAGUUUGCAUAAUAUGAAACUGUUCUAUUCUUUUUCUCUGAUAAUAGUUGUAAGCAUUUAAAAUACUGCAUAGCAAUUCCUUGUGGGAAGUAAUGCUGAAGUCAGGAACAUAUUUAUCUUUGUGAUCUUUGUAUUUUUUAUUUUCAAUUGAUCAAAGAUUUAAAACGUCAUGUGAGAAAUCUUCUAUUGAGAAAUAACAGAAAUUAAUCUAAUGAUGACACUAUUAUUUUUGUUAACCUUUCAGAUAGUGGUAUAAAGAAUGCAACUAUGUGUAGAAAACAUGAGAUAAAUUUAUCACUAUGAUCAGCUGCUAAUGAGUCUACAGAUGGAAUAUGUGUUGAUUUAAUUGCUCUGUUAGGAAGAAGUGAAUCGUUAUCUAAGAACAUUGUUAGUAGUUGAUAAGCUUAUAGAUCUAGGAAAGGUAAUACAGGUGUAAAAUGUGAGUCAUAUUGUGGAAUAUUAAAAAUAAACAUUAGUCAAUUAUUUCCAGCUUCAAUUAUGUUGAAGUACUUGACUGUGGUCCAGAAACUUAUAGAUUCACAUUUUGAAGCAUUUAUUGUAAUAUGUAAAUAAAGUAGAGUAAUUGUAUUAGUUUUCUGAUAAGUACAUGCAUACUGCAUGUAGUACAGAUUGCUCAUAUAGAAACUAAUUAGGAAUUAAAAGCAAAUUAGGUAAAAGCCCUACUCAAAGUGGACUUGGGUUCUUUGUUGUAUAAUUAUUAACUAAUAAAAUAUGCUUAUUAUAUUUCAAAUCUAUAUAAAUGAGGGUUUCUUUGUCAAGUGUCAUUUUGAAUUCAAUGACGAAUUGAGCAUCUCUGGGUAUUGUCAUUAUUGUUACAAUCUGAUCACAAUAAGUUAGGCCUUUUACCUGAAAAUGUCAUCAAUUUCAAAGAAAUAUCUGCAAUGUGUGUGUAACUUUGUACUACAAUGUGCUUACACCAUACCAUUCCAAUGUUUUUUUAAAAAUAUUUUGUUUAUCAGUGAGGUGAGGAAUUCUUCACUGACGUUCAUAUUAGCCUUUAAAUGCGUGAAAAAUGAAAUUUGAGAGAUAUCUUUGAAAUUUACACUUCUCUCUAUCAUGUUAUUUAUUUAAACGAGUAUCCUAUUAUUGAAACAAUUUUGCUAAUUGCUAUUGUACAUUGUAAGGAUAGCAUAGAAGGAACCAAACCAAUGAAUAUACCAGUAUUAUAAUGUAAUUUUGUAAUUUUGCAGUUUUGCAUAAAAUAAUUAAGGUUGACCAGAGUAUAGUCAAUGAUUUAUUUUUUAAAAUGUCUGCGAAGAUAUGUCCAUUAAACUUCAUAAGCUUGGGAAAAAAUAGUCAAUAGUCAUAAACUGAUAUGACCAACUUACUGCAGGGAAGUGGUUAUUUUGUCUGAAGAGCUAUUUUCCUUUAUGAAUAAGAAAAUGUAUUUUGGGCUACAUAUUUGAAAUUUAUUGAAAGUCAAUUUACUACAGGAUACUGUUUCUUGCAUUAUCUCUGGUAAAUCUUAAUACCAUUUGAUUUAGAUUUUUUUUUUGUAGUUUAAGGUAAGUUUAUUACUGUCCAUGUGAUGACAGCUACUAUCAAAGCAAAUGUUCUAAACAACAUAGUGUAUGAGUGACUCAAAUGAAAAAGGUACAUUUGUUUUAGGUAUUAAAUAUGCACAAAAUAUAAUUUAUUUUGUGAUAAAUUAUAAUUGAUUUUGUAAUACAUUUUAUAUUGUUUAAUUUCAUGAGAACCUUUACAUAUCUUCUGUAUUUGUCAUAGUUAUUUAUUCUAUAUUUCUGUUUCUUUGUUACUUCAUUUAAAAUAUACAAAAAAAUAUUUUUUUAAUAAAUCACAUACAAAUCAUUAAAUAGUAAUGAGUGUUGCAAUUUAGAUGAUGCAUUUUUUCCUGUCAACAAACAUUGCUUUAAUUUGGAGGAUUAACAACGAAUUGGUAAAAUGUAUAAUUGCUGCUUUAAAAAAAUUGUCUUCAGUUUUUUCUCCCCUCUUAACAUAUAAGGGGGGGUAGGGUUAAUAUUUUUUCCUUGCCGUCUUUGUACUUAGAAAUAAUGCCAUUUCAUAAAAACUAUUGUAGUUAAUUGUAAAAUGACCAGUAAGUAGAGUGUUGAUAUGUAAUGAAAUGUACAUCACUGAUAUGUAUGAUAUUAAAGAAGGUUUUUCUGAGAAAGUGGUAGGAAAGAAAAGUGUAGAAAUCUGUACACUUACAGAAUGUUUAAAGAGGCAGAAUAGAAGUAUAUUUGCAUUUUGUGGAACCAAAGAAUUAAAUAUUAAUAGAGAGAUGUGUCAUUUUCUGUAAAAGAAUAAGUUUGAAAUCCAAUAUAGAUAUUUGUAAUUUAAAAUUUAAUUGUUAUUUUAAGGAACGCAUCAAAAACUUGCCAAUGAUAGUACUGAUUAUUGUGCCCUAAUCCUGUGGGAAAUCAGCUUUAUUUUGCUGAAUCAUAGAUAUACAUACAUGUACCCACAUUGAUUCCAAGUUGACUGUCGUAUUACAGAGUUGUAAAUGGAUAUGUAAUGAGAGUAAAACUUGCUUAUUAUGCCUAAUAAAUUGGUACUUUGAAUUUUCGCAGUAUCAGUUGUUCUUAAAUCAAAUUUACUUGAUUUUAAUUCAAGCAAGCUUGGAACCUUACUACUAAAUUAUGUUCUGAAGUAUUUUGUCCUCUCUAAUUUCUUUAUUAAAGUCAAAUUAUUAAAAUUAGUAUCAAAUUCUUUAUCAAACGCCAAAUUCAAUUCAUUACAUCAUGCAAACUGGUGUAUUUGUAGACUCAUCUGCAUCAAAUGAGAAGAAUGGUGGAUAAAAUUAGCUGAAUAUGAUUUGACAAUGUGUCAGAUUUUAUACCUUUUGAUAAAAAGGGGUGUUUGAGUGCUCAAAUAAUAAUGCUUUCAUGAAGAACCUUUCAGUAUUGUAAAACAUUUAUCACAUUUGAACUUGGCAACUUUGUAUUAUUUUGUAUUGAAUGUUUAGUAUGACUAUUUACUGUAAGUAUUUUUUUUGUAUUUGUUAUACAGUUUAAAAAGAAAAUGGAUUUCACAGGAAGUUCAGAGUUGAAAUUCAUUAGAUAUGAGUUGCACUCUUGUUUAUUAAUAUUUUUUCACACAGUGAGCAUAGAAUCUUGUGUCUGCUUCUAGCAUGUCAAGUUUGUAUAGAAUAAUUUCAAUUGCUUUUUACUCUUUAAAUUUCCAUGAAGGAUUUUUAUCUUUCCUGAAGACACUAUAGAAAUUGUAUAUAAUAGAGAAUUUAAAAACGUUGAGCUUGUGCAGAAAGAUGAAUAAAAUUGUGAUGUAAUUUAUUGAUGUGCGGCUGCUUUUUUUUUUUUUGACCCCUUCUGAUAAUGCAGUUGCACCCUUAUCAAUUGUAUUGCAUGUGCCUUGCAGAUUGCUAUUUUAUGACCUUGGAAAAGAAGCAAAUUCAAAUCUAUGAUACUUUGUAAUAAAUGUCUUAAGUAAGAAUGUGAUAAGGAAAUAAAAAUAUCACAGAUGCAGUGUUGUUAGGAUACUCCUUCAGCAUCACCCUGGACUUUUCAGAGGGAACCACAAAAACAAAUGAAUCAGAGAAUUAACCUUGAGCUGUAGUUGAUCUAUCGUUUCAUGAUUUUAUGAAACUUACGCCAUCAAGAUAUGCCUCCUAAUUUAUAAUGUCCAUUGAGGAAUUUUCUAUUUCUAUUUAUUUCAUUUUUCAAAUUAAAAUUGUGAUAAUUUUCUAAGACAGAUUUCAACAAAAUAAUCAGUCUUAAGUCCAGGUGGUGCUCAAAUGAGCGAAGUACUAUAUCAAAAAAACCUAGAUUAUAAAAUAAAGUUUUUAGAUAUUUCAGUAAUUAUAACUGCUGCAAAAAAAAAACAACAACAAAUAUUACUUCUGAUUUUUAAGUGCAAAAAUGUAAAUAAAAAUUUAAUAAAUCAUAUCAACAUUAAA